UUCAAGACCGCCAUUUUAUGUUAGGCCUGCUCUCCCAGAGCGGGAGAAAACUGUUAGCCGAGCCCUGAGGUCCAACGGCUCUCCCCUGCAAGGCUGAACAGAGUAAUCGCAGCAGUCGAUCUCCAAAGUCAACCGACGGGAUAAGGAAGUGCGAAGAAAGUGUCGCUUGGUUUGACCAUUGCUGCGGAGGGCAAGGUUGUUUCCAUGGAGACUGGCCAAGCGACUGCUCUGGCCUCCGAUGGAAAAGUCCUGUCGGAGGGCGGAGAGGCCCUGAUUCAAACUGGCCAGGGGGAUGAGGCCGGUACUAUGGAAAUGAUGGUGAUGGAUGCUCUGGAUCCAGCUUUGCUGCAAAUGAAAACAGAGGUCCUUGAAGGGGGCGGCACUGUCACCGUUACUGGUGGAGAUGAGGGGCAGAUCAUCACUCUCCAGGUGGUGAACAUGGAGGAGCAAGCAGGAGCUGCAUUAGGCCUAGGUCAAUUACAGCUAGUGCAGGUUCCAGUCACAACAACUACUGUAGAGGGGCUUCAGGCGACUUAUGUUGAGGCAUCUGCUGCCAACAAAGAUGCAGUUAUUUGUCACACACUUCCUUUACCUGAGGGGUUUCAGGUUGUAAAAGUGGGUGCCAACGGUGAGGUAGAGACUGUGGAGCAAGAUGAGCUCCAGGCUGCUCAAGAGGAUCUCCAAGGGCAAGAGGGUGAGGAAGUAGAGGAAGAUGAAGAAGCAGCAGAAAUUGUAACAUCGGUGCCUCAAGAUGACCCAGAGUGGACAAAAGACCCAGACUACCAACCCAUCACAGCCGUCCGUAAAGGAAAGAAGGGAAAGAAGAGCCGCCUGCGUUACGCAGAGGGCGACCGGGACAUGGAUGUUUCUGUGUAUGACUUUGAAGAGGAGCAGCAGGAGGGCCUGCUGUCAGAGGUGAACGCAGAGAAAGUUGUGGGCAACAUGAAGCCCCCGAAGCCCACAAAAAUCAAGAAAAAAGGUGUGAAGAAGACUUUUCAAUGCGAGCUUUGCAGCUACACAUGUCCAAGGCGCUCUAACCUGGAUCGGCACAUGAAGAGCCACACGGAUGAGAGACCACACAAAUGUCACCUCUGUGGAAGAGCCUUCAGGACAGUCACCCUGUUGAGAAACCACCUCAACACACACACAGGCACUCGUCCUCAUAAAUGUACAGACUGUGACAUGGCGUUUGUGACCAGCGGCGAGUUGGUGCGUCAUCGCCGCUACAAGCACACGCACGAGAAGCCUUUCAAAUGUUCAAUGUGCGACUACUCUAGUGUGGAAGUGAGCAAGUUGAAAAGACACAUCCGCUCUCACACAGGGGAACGUCCCUUCCAGUGCAGCCUGUGCAGCUACGCCAGCAGAGACACCUAUAAGCUGAAGCGGCAUAUGAGAACACAUUCGGGCGAGAAGCCGUAUGAGUGCUACAUCUGCCACGCUCGUUUCACACAGAGCGGCACCAUGAAGAUGCACAUUCUGCAGAAACACACAGAGAACGUGGCAAAGUACCACUGCCCACACUGCGAUACUGUCAUCGCACGCAAAAGUGACCUUGGUGUCCACUUGCGAAAGCAGCACUCGUUUAUUGAGACCGGGAAGAAAUGCCGUUACUGCGAUGCUGUGUUUCAUGAGCGCUAUGCUCUCAUUCAGCACCAGAAGACGCACAAAAACGAGAAGCGUUUUAAGUGUGACCAAUGUGACUACUGCUGCCGGCAGGAGCGUCAUAUGAUCAUGCACAAGCGUACGCACACUGGUGAGAAGCCGUUUGCCUGCGAGCAGUGUGAGAAAACCUUCAGGCAGAAACAGCUUUUGGACAUGCACUUCAAGCGCUACCAUGACCCCACCUUUGUCCCCACUGCUUUUGUCUGCACCAAAUGCAGCAAGACGUUCACCCGCAGGAACACCAUGCUGCGUCAUGCUGAGGGCUGCACGGGCGAGGCUUCAGGAGAUGAAAAUGGAACUCCCACACCCAAAAAGGGCCGUCGUGGCAGGAAGAGGAAAAUGCAGGCCAGAAGAGAUGAUUAUGACGACGAUGAUGAGGAUGAUGAGGAUGAUGAUGACAACACAGAGGGUGAACUGGAUGAAAUAGAGGAGGAAGAUGACCUUCUAACUGAGAUUGAAGUGGAACAGGCUGCUCCUGUCAUCCCCAUCCCAGCUCCAAUUGAGCCCCCAGUCAAGAGGAAACGUGGACGACCUCCAAAGAAUAAGCCUGAAGUAGCUGCCAUUAUUCAUGUGGAAGAUGAAGUUCAAGAGGUGGAAGAACUUGUGAAAAAAGAGGUUGGCGCCGAGCAGGUCAACUGUACAGACGAGACCACUGAGCAAGUGAUCACCGGCGGAGGGAAACCCGGCGCCCAGUCCGAGGAGCUGUCCCAGGCGGAUGCAGCAGCACAGGAGGUGCAGCUGUCUGCAGCACCCUCCAAUGGAGACCUGACCCCUGAAAUGAUCCUCAGUAUGAUGGACCGAUGAUGGGCAUGAGGGUGGACGCUGUAAAAACACCCAAAUUCUGGAGUAAAUCCUCUAUUUUAAGUCUUUGUAUUUAGGAUAACAAAUACACAGAAACAGACAUCACUGUUGUAAUUUAAGAUUGACCUUGUGUGUAAUAAGGAUAAAUGGGGAAACUUUUUUUUCCUUUUUUUUUUUUUUAGUAAGAAAAUGUAUUUCAGUACGUUUUUAGUUUGGAGUGGCUGUAAUUUUUUAGUCUGUGUCUUUUUUGCCCUUCCUCUCUGAUGUUUACAAGCUAAGAAAUUCAUAGAAGAAGGCCGUCUUUGUCUACUUGUGUUUUAAAUAACGGGCCUUGGUUAUAUCCCUGAACCUCAUUCUAAUUUUUCGGUUUCUAGCCUUCUAAUUCUUUUUGGUUUUUAUUUUUAACUGUUUUGUACCAGAAUCGAUGGGAUAUACCUUCAUGAUUUUUCUGGACUAUUGUGUAAACAAAUGAGAUGAGCUUCAUGUACUGCUGUGUGGACAGGACACUGCUUUUUUUAAAAAUGGCUUUGAGGAUUACCAAAUAUUCAACCCAAGGGGAAUCCUGGAAUUCAGGAAGAUACUGUCCCUGAUCAGUUACUUCAAAAUAUGAAAUGUGAAACAUCAUGAAUUUUGUUUUUUCCUUGUGUUAGUAAUUUCCUAUGUUUAGAGCAUAUUGUAGUUUUUUUAAAAAGCUUACUAGAUUGUGUAUCUCAUGCUCUUUUCCGUUGUAAAUGCUCUAGAGGACUUGUGUGUACUUCACACUGUCACAAACAAGUGCUAGGAAGAAGGGGCUGUUUUUGCUGUUGUGUAGUCAUUCCACUUGGGGUUGAUUUUCGGUUUCUAUCUUGGCAGAGUCGUGUAGCAGCUUGAAUGACAAACAAUUGUGACAUGAGCGAAUAAUGACUGUACAACUAGUUAAAGAGAGAAAACGUUUUGAGAUGAUUUCUAGAGAAUUGAGAAUCAAGAUUUUUUUAAACGAUUUGUCUCACUGUUGCAGCAACAGUUUGCUUGACUCCUUUAUUUUGAUUGGCUGAAAAACAUCUGAAUCUUUAUGUUCUUGUAUUUUGCUUGCAAAUAUAUUUUAUUAAAUGACAAACAUGA